AUGAACCUCAUGGCGCAGCUGUACUACAACAAGGCCCGUAACUCCCCGUACCGCGGUCGCAUCCCGCUGCAGAUCGUGAGGGCGGAGGUUGAGCUAUCUGCCAAGGAACGAGCCUACCUGACGGCGGUGGAGAAGGGAGACUAUGCUGGAGUUAAACAGGCCCUUGAGGAGGCCGAGAUCUAUUACAACAUCAAUGUGAACUGCCUGGACCCAUUGGGCCGCAGCGCACUCCUCAUCGCUAUUGAGAAUGAGAACCUGGAGGUGAUGGAGCUGCUGUUGAGUCAUGGCGUGCACAUGGGUGAUGCACUCCUCUACGCCAUCCGCAAGGAGGUGGUGGGAGCAGUGGAGUUACUGCUAUCCCACAAGAAGCCAAGUGGCGAGAAACAGGUUCCUUCUCACAUGAUGGACACACAGUUUUCAGAGUUUACACCCGAUAUCACACCAAUCAUGUUGGCUGCCCACACUAACAACUACGAGAUAAUCAAGCUCCUAGUUCAACGAAAAGUCACCAUCCCACGGCCACACCAGAUCCGCUGUGACUGCGUGGAGUGUGUAUCGAGCUCCGAAGUGGACAGCCUUCGGCACUCCCGUUCACGUCUAAACAUCUACAAAACUCUUGCCAGCCCCUCUCUCAUCGCCCUUUCCAGCGAAGAUCCCAUCCUCACUGCAUUCAGGCUGGGCUGGGAGCUGAAGGAGCUCAGUAAGGUGGAGAACGAGUUCCGGCAGGAGUACGAGGAGCUGUCGCAGCAGUGCAAACUUUUUGCUAAAGACUUGCUGGAUCAGGCCCGUAGCUCCUGUGAGCUGGAGACCAUCCUCAACCAUCGGGAUGACCACAGCGAGGAGCUGGACCCCCAUGAGUGCAGAGACCUGGCCAAGCUCAAGGUAGCCAUCAAGUACCACCAGAAAGAGUUUGUAGCUCAGCCCAACUGCCAGCAGCUCCUGGCAACACUGUGGUACGAUGGGUUCCCAGGUUGGAGACGACGUCACUGGGCAGUGAAGCUUGUCACUUGCUUCAUCAUUGGCCUGCUUUUCCCUGUCUUCUCCCUCAUAUACCUUCUGGCUCCAAAGAGCACCCUAGGAACCUUCAUCAAGAAACCUUUCAUCAAGUUCAUCUGCCACACUGCCUCCUACAUGACCUUCCUCUUCCUCCUCCUCCUCGCCUCACAGCAUAUCGUGCAAACUGAUCUGCAUGUACAGGGACCUCCACCCACCAUUGUGGAGUGGAUGAUCUUACCCUGGGUUCUAGGCUUCAUCUGGGCGGAGAUUAAAGAGAUGUGGGAUGGUGGUUUCACAGAGUACGUCCACGACUGGUGGAACCUGAUGGAUUUUGCAAUGAACUCUCUCUACCUGGCUACUAUAUCUCUUAAAAUGGUGGCCUACUUUAAGUACAACAGCUCUCGUCCUCGUGUGGAGUGGGAGAUGUGGCACCCUACGCUCAUCGCCGAGGCUCUAUUCGCCAUCGCCAACAUCUUCAGCUCGCUGCGUCUCAUCUCUCUGUUCACCGCCAACUCUCACUUGGGCCCACUGCAGAUCUCUCUCGGCCGCAUGCUGCUGGACAUCCUCAAGUUCCUUUUCAUCUACUGUCUGGUGCUGCUGGCUUUCGCCAACGGCCUCAACCAGCUCUACUUCUACUAUGAGACGAAGGCGUCCGAAGAGCCCAACCACUGCAAAGGGAUCCGUUGUGAGAAGCAGAACAAUGCCUUCUCUACACUGUUUGAAACUCUUCAGUCUCUCUUCUGGUCUGUGUUUGGGCUGCUGAAUCUGUAUGUUACCAAUGUGAAGGCUCGUCAUGAGUUUACCGAGUUUGUGGGGGCCACCAUGUUCGGCACUUACAAUGUCAUCUCACUGGUGGUGCUGCUGAACAUGCUCAUCGCUAUGAUGAACAACUCUUACCAACUCAUUGCUGAAAGGCAUGCCGAUAACCUUAUUCAGAACCAGCACUACCAGGAGGUGAUCAGAAACUUGGUAAAGCGAUAUGUUGCAGCCAUGAUCCGCAGCGCCAAAACAGAUGAAGGGCUGACAGAGGAGAACUUCAAGGAACUUAAGCAGGAUAUCUCCAGCUUCCGCUACGAGGUUCUUGACCUGCUGGGCAACCGUAAACCACCGCGACGCACAUAUUCUUCUAGUAGCGAGGCCACUCAGCAGGACGAAACAGCUGAGCCCGAGGAAGAAGAGGACGAGGAGGGCGAUAGGCUUGGAGGACCCAGAUGUGGGGAUGGGGGAGAGUCAUCUAGAUCCAAAGCAUCUACGUCCUUCUCCCAGUGUUACAGGAGAAACCGAGAGUCCCAGUUCAGCGUAUCGGCUCUCUUCAAAUCCAUGUCGGGACCGGCCAGAGAAAGACAGGAAAGCAAUGGCUUGAGGAACAACAUAUCCCACUCGUCUGCAUUUGUGCGGACCAGCAGCCGUCUGCAGCGCUUUUCUCGCUCCAAGAAAAACUCUUUGCAACAUUUGGGAAUGCUAAUGUCUCGUAUGAACGGACACAUCCCAGACCAACAUGCGGAGCCCCCGGGAGAUCAGCAGUCCGCAUACAGCAUCUCAGAUCAAGUACCGCAAACGUCUUGGCAUGGUCCCCCGGUGCUGUCGAAGGUAACUCGGAGCGAGAUGCACCUGCACACGCUGGUACUGGGGCCGCCUGACACUCAACAGAACCCAAUGCAGGCCACAUCUCAACGGGCAAACGGCAGGGACAGUCUCGUCCUCCGGCCGCCCAGCCACUCACUGCCCCCGCUGCUCUGUGCUUCCAGCCUGACUGCCUCCAGCGCUCAGCUCUUGGCCUCCAGUGAUGAUCUGUGCCAUGGCUGGGUGGGACCUUGUGACAUUUUGGGCUCCUCCAGCUGGGAACAAGAGGAGUCGGUUACGACACAGCUGUAGAGGCGAAGUCAGCUCAUUAACGUAAUGUUUCACAGCUUCAGCCAGGGAUCUCCAACCCUGC